CCUCCCCCUUUGGCCCCGCGGGGGCUCCAGGCCCGGCGGGACCAUGUUCACCAGCACCGGCUCCAGUGGGCUUUACAAGGCACCUCUGUCCAAGAGUCUUCUACUGGUCCCCAGUGCCCUGUCCCUUCUAUUGGCCCUCCUCCUGCCUCAAUGUCAGAAGUUCUUCCUGUAUGACCUCCAAGCAAUAAAGAACGACUUCCAGAUUUGGAGGUUGAUAUGUGGAAGAAUAAUCUGCCUUGAUUUGAAAGAUACUUUCUGCAGUAGUCUGCUUAUUUAUAAUUUUAGGAUAUUUGAAAGAAGAUAUGGCAGCCGAAAAUUUGCAUCCUUUUUGCUGGGUUCCUGGUUUUUGUCAGCCUUGUUUGACUUUAUCCUCGUUGAAAUUAUGCAGUAUUCAUUUGGUAUGACUGCAGCCAGUAAUUUGCCUUCUGGAUUCCUGGCACCUGUGUUUGCUCUGUUUGUACCAUUUUACUGCUCCAUACCAAGAGUCCAAGUGGCACAAAUUCUGGGCCAGUUUUCCGUCACAAACAAGACAUUGAUUUAUAUUUUGGGAUUACAGCUUUUCACCUCUGGUUCCUACAUCUGGAUUGUAGCCAUAAGUGGACUUAUUUCUGGUGUGUGCUACAACUCCAGUGUGUUAAAAAUUCAUCAGGUGCUGUGCAUUCCUAGCUGGAUGGCAAAGUUCUUUUCUUGGACACUUGAACCCAUCUUUUCAUCUUCAGAACCCACCAGUGAAGCCAGAAUUGGGAUGGGGGCAACAGUAGACAUCCAGAGACAACAAAGAAUGGAACUGCUUGAUCGACAGCUGAUGCUCUCUCAGUUUGCCCAAGUGAGGCGACAAAGACAGCAGCAGGGAGGAAUGAUCAAUUGGAAUCGUCUUUUCCCUCCUUUACGUCAGCGACGAAAUGUAAACUAUCAGGAUGGUCGACAAUCUGAACAACAAGCAUCCCCUCCUCUAGAAGUUUCUGAGGAACAGGUUGCCCGGCUCAUGGAGAUGGGAUUUUCCAGAGGUGAUGCUUUGGAAGCCCUUAGAGCAUCAAAUAAUGACCUUAAUGUGGCUACCAACUUCCUGCUGCAGCAUUGAUGGUCCUGAGGCCCCGAAACAAGGACAAGCUGUGCACUGUGGAGUGACAGUGGGCAUGACCCCACUGCCAAAUCAGCCCCAGAGGACCACGUACUUUCUAGCCAUGUUCUCAUGGGUAAAGGUGGUCCUUCUGCUUCCCUGUUCUUAACUCCAAGAUGGUUACAGUCAUAGUAUCAAAAAUAAGUUUGCCAUUAAAUAAGCAUGUAUUUUCUAUCUUUAUUUUUCUAUUGGGUAUUUUCCUUAGUUUGGAGAGUCAUCACUCAUUCCUAUUGUGUUUUAAAUGCAUUAAAAUUGCAUAUUUCUGCAACCAGUUAAGUAACGCUCCAGAUGGGAAA